AUGCGACCCAGUUCCCAGACACCACGGAGAGUUUUGUUUCCAGUGUCCAGGGAUCUGGCCAAAGCGAAACAUGACAGAGAUGACAUCAGGGCCAAGACCUACAAGAUCCUGGAUAAUGCACAGAAAGGGAACAGCACUUCCUGGUGCCAGCCUGGCUGGGAGCAGUACCGAGGGAGGUGCUACCUUUUCUCCUCGACUGCCCAGCGCUGGCAGGUGGCCAGAAGAUCCUGUUUGGGCCAGACUGCCAAUCUGGUGGUGAUCAACGAUCAAACGGAGCAGAAUUACUUGGCCAUUAAAGCUGGUUCCUUUCGUCACUGGAUCGGCUUCACAGACCAAGGGACUGAAGGCGUCUGGCGCUGGGUGGACAAUACUCCUGUGGGAUUUACGUUUUGGGCCACAGGGGAACCCAAUAACAUGUACAGUUUUCACAUCAGAGAUGAGGACUGCGCCCACCUGCACGAGGGUGGCCAGUGGAAUGACGGCUGCCACUUGCACUACAGGUGGAUCUGCGAAAAAGCUGCUUCUUUCUGCUAAAUAGCCGGAGUCCCGCCCUGGCUCUGAGCACCGGCUGAAAUGUACCCCGGCCCACGAGGCCUGUGUGACGUUAUUGACUUGAACUGUGACCGUAUAGAUCAUUGUUGCAACCGAGGUCUUAUAGUGGCUCCAAAUCUUGUACAAAGGAGGUCUAGUAAAGCGUCUUUGAAAAAGUUGUAAUUUGCUGGUUAUGAUUAUGCUGUCUGUACAUGUGUAUCAUUUUUGCAUUUGAAGUUACGAAUAUUGGCUCUGUACUUGCAUCUCAAUGUGUUUGAUUCUAAGUAGCAUCAGUGAAGCAUUUGGCCAGUUUAUUGAGAAGAGACUCUUCAGAUUAAAUGCCCAAUCAAGAAACACUUAACUAACAAUGGAGCUUGGGAGACUCCGAUCCACAUAUGAGUUGCCCAUGUGACUCCAAACUCCACCUUGCUGCUGUGAUUUUCCACAGUAAGAGAAAAGGGGUGUCCUUCCACUUGGUGGAGGAUAUAAAAGACCCUGGAAACCCCCUCAUUUUAUCUUCAGUCCUUCUUCUUACUAUGACAGUCAGCAGCAACCCCCAACCCCCUUAAUAGCUAGCAGCCGUUAUGGCAGCCAGUGGCCAUUAGGGGGAAGCAGACACCUCAAGUACAC